CCUAUUCAAUGACAUCACAUCCCAACGCAAGUUUCCAACAUGGCGUCCAGCCGGGUGCUGGAGAGGGAGGUCCGGGAGGAGCCGAGACGCGCAGCCUGCACCGCAAACCUCGACUUCUGCCCGCACAAAUACUCCGUGCUCAUCAUCGUCGGACGCACCGCUCACCUCGGACACACACAGGCGCACAUCAGCAGGGAGAUCCAGCGAGGUAUCCGGUCCUGGGACAUUGACUUAAAAUCCUGUAACCUGAACCUCCAUCUCCAAGAGUUCCUGUCCCAUCACACGGCUUCAUUCAAGGGUGCAGGACAGAAGUGUCUGCGCCACGGCACCAAAGCGUUGGACACUCAGGUGCUGAUCAGUCCGUCUCAGGAGCAGGUUCAUUCAGAGGUGUUUGCUCUGCUGUCGAGGGAUUCGGCUCAGAAGCUCUUGAUCCUGUGUGGACAGAGCGUGGAGGACAGCGGAGACCUGCUGUUUCACAGAGGACUGUUUUCACCAAACCAGCUGAAACAAAUACUGACAGAGCAGUUUCUCGAUGAAGAGAGCUCUGCCUCCUCCUCCUCUAAGCUCAGCCUGACCCUCAGCUGUCCCAACAUCGGCGAGUGGAGGAAUACUCUCUUGGGGAACCAGCCUCAGCAGCGUCCGUUCAUGCUCCACAUCAAUCCCCCAGAGGUGCUGCCUGCCAUGGAGGCCCUGGGGGACUUCACCUCCCUCAUCUCCGGCACCCUUUGCCCUCCGUCCACCUUCGACCUCCUGCCUCCUCCCAUCACUGUUGGUUUCCUCAAGCUGUCCCGUCCCUGCUGCUACGUCUUUCCUGCCGGCCGAGGCGACUGUGCCUUCUUCGCCGUCAACGGCUUCACGGUGCUGUUGGACGGCGGUUCGGACACUCAGGCCUGCUUCUGGAAGCUGGUCCGCCACCUGGACCGCGUUGAUGCCGUUUUGUUGACGCACAUCGGGACAGAGAACCUGCCGGGGGUCAACGCCUUCCUGGAGAGGAAGGUGGCCGAGCUGGAGCUGAUUUCGGAUGUCAAAGCAGAGGACUUGUCCAAGAGGCUGAUCUCCCCAGAGCUUGGAGUCGUGUUCUUUAAUGCCCCCAGCAGGCUGCAGGUGGAGCAACAGCCUUGUGUGGACAAUGUGUUGAAGAGCACGCAGCAGGCGGCCCUAACCUUACAGUUAUUGAAGAAGUUAGACAUCAGACCACAACCAAUGUUUCGACCGCAGGGAGUCCCCAUCGAGCCCCUGACCCUGUUCCAGAAGAUGGGAGUGGGACAACUGGACUUGUACCUCCUCAGUCCUGUUAAAAACAGCCAGGAGUACCAGACAUUCAUGCAGAACUGGCCUGACUCGUCGUCAGCAUCCAAAUCUCAAGCUCUGCCUCUCCCAGCCCUGGCCUCGGUGUCCGCUCUGCUUGUGUGGCACCCAGCGUGCCCUCAAGAGAAGGUGGUGAGGAUGCUGUUCCCCGGUGUUACGCCCCAGGCGAAGCUGCUGCAGGGGCUGGAGAAGCUGAAGGGCCUGGCCUUCCUCCGAAAACCAACUGUGACAACCGGGGACCUGGAGAGGCUGGGUGAAGACGGAAAGAACAAGAGGACGGACAGCCAGGAUAGUGGCAAGUCACAAGGGAAGGAUACAACAUCAAAACAUGUCAAAGAGGUGUUGGUGAAGGAAAAGGGAAAAGGUUUAAGAGAUGCUGAUAAAACAAAAAUCAAAGAGGUGGGUGUAAAGCAAAAAGCAGCAACAUCAGAGAAGAAUAUGUCAAAGAGAGGCAAUAAAGACGAGUAUGGCGUAACGAAGCAUGAUCAGGUGAAAAAGGAAAGUGUCCCUUCCAAACCAAAGAAUGAAAAUAUAACUAAGCUCAAAAAGGAAGCAAAAAAUGACUCUAAAACAGGGGCGAAGAAAACGAGAAAACCACCAGGAAAGGAGGCAAACGAUGGCAAGAAGACACAUGUAAACACUGAACUGCCGAACAACAACUCAACAAAGCCCAAUGCUGGGACUGCGUCAGAAAUCCCAGAGCCGGAGAUCCCUUCUACUGAGCAGCAGAAUCAAAAAGCGGUGUCAGAACCUGAAGAGAAACCCUACGGCUCCAAAACGUCUACCCCCGAGGACAUGACCGCUGAUUUUCUCAAGCUGCAGGAGGAAAGAGUGGAUGAAGCAAAGCAGAGAAGCAGUGAGUCAGGAAAUGAAAAGAGCCUGGGAGGUCUGAGCAAAGAGACGAGUAGGGAAGCUGAAGAAGAAGAAGCAGGUGGCACAGGGAUAGUGGGAGGAGAGGGUGGUGAUAAUGAAGAGAAAGCUGGUGCAGACUUGCAGAGAGGUUCUGGAAAUGCUGCCAAACCUGCAAAAGUUGUGGGAUUUCCAUCCCCCUUGAACAACCCGCCAAAUAACGAACACGAAGGCCAGUUAGACCUAACGCCGACUGAGUACACUCUCCUAGACGGCGCUUUGAAACACAGCCCCCCCUCCCGAUCCUCUCCAGAGAACCAGGCCCCCGUCAGCCUUGAUGAGGAGACUGUGGAGCCGGCCUCCCCUGACUCACGGCCCAACAGCGCAGGCCACACUCCGUACUGUCUCUCCCCGGACGACGUGUGGUGCAACAGUGCCACUCUCAGCAAGUUACAGGCCCAGAUGGGAAACUCAGAGUCCGGUGACGUCAACCUGCAGAGUGGAUCGUCCAGACAAAGUGAGGGGCAGCCAUCCCAGAACAAAAACCCUCCAGAGAGCCACGCAAACCCCAGGGAGAAGCAUCUCAGUUUCCUGUCAUUGGGGACUUUUAAAGACGGACCUUCAGACCCGUCUGCCUCUGUGGCCACCACCACCACCACCACCACCACCACACACUCCAUGCCAGCAGAGGUGAGCUCACCUCAGUCCACAGAAGUAGAUGAGUCACUGUCCAUGUCGUUUGAGCAGGGACCAGGCUAUGUGAGCCAGAGAGAGGGGGAUGACAGCAUUCAUCACUCCCACUCCAACGGAGCCCAUUUUGCCGGGAUGUCUUUACCAAUGAAGAAGCCGCCCAGAUCUUUAGGUCAAGGUUCAGAGAUGGGGCGACCUCCGGCUCCUGGCACGCUUCAUUUUGAGUCUUCACCUCAUGACGUGGAUCUUUGUCUGGUUUCUCCUUGUGAGUUCAAGCAUUUCAAACAUCCUGACUCCAGCUCGGCCACCAGUGAACCGUCCAGAGGAGCCUUCUCGUCGCAUCAUUACGGCAACAACAACAACAACCCAAAGGACGCGUCACCCAGCGAAUCAAACGCCCCCGUUUGUACAGAGGACUGCCCGUCCACCACGGCGGAUGGAGCUCUGGACUCAGACGAGGACGAGUCGUGUAGUGAGCCGACAAACUCCCCACACGACCACUGCGCCAGUCAGGCUCUGCCCUGCGACCCUCCUCCUGCCGCGCUCAGGGACAGUCCGCCUCUGCCUCCACACCCUGACACCUCCAUGCCUGUUCCCCAGUCUGACCCUGACGCCCACGGGAAGAGAGCGAAAGCCGGCGGCAUGCGAGGGAAAAAGAUGCCAGGGGUUGUCGAGGGUCCCCACAGAUCCGCCUCGGGGAAAAGCAGGACGGGAAUCCAAAGUGGAGUCACCAAAGGGAGCGUGUCUUCCACUCGUACGCCUUCGUCCAGCACCCGCUCAGCACCAGCAAAAUCCUCCCCCAGUCCCGGCUCUAAGGCUACCUCUGUCGGAGAAGCCAGCGUGUACGUGGACCUGGCGUACAUCCCCUCUGGAGCCUCCUCGCCAACCGUCACCGUGGACUUCUUCAGGUGUGUCCGCUCCUCCUGCUACAUCAUCAGCGGCGACAGUCAGGAGAGGGAGGAGCUUAUGAGGCAAACACUGGACGCUCUGCUGGAUGGAAAGGCGUCCUGGUCUGACACCAUACAGGUGACGGUGAUCCCUACCUUUGAGUCCGUGCCGAUGCAGGAGUGGUACCAGCACACCCAGGACAGACAGAAAGAGCUGGGCAUCACCGUGCUGGGAUCCAACAGCACUGUCGCCAUGCAGGACGAGACCUUCCCCGCCUGCAAGAUCGAGUUCUGAGGCUCGCUGCGAGGUGCAGAGGUGGAGGGUGAAUAUGAGCUAAGGGAUGGAAAUGUGUUUGUUAGGAGUCAAAAGAGUUUUGUAGAAAUGGAGAUAAGGGGGACAUAAAGGAAAUUGAAGGCUCUUUACUGCAUGAAAACAAUUGGUAAAAUCCUCCCCAUCCCCUCUGUGGGCUUCUUUUGCAUUAAGAGCCCUUACUUCUCUUCGUCCAUGGAGAACACAUGUCCCUGUGGAGAGAACUGCAUGAUGUUAUUGACCAAUGACCCUGUGCCCAACAGGAGAGGAAACCACACUGACUGUAAGACGAGCUGCAAACAUGCAGCUCCACAAAAGCUGAGGAUGUAUUAGUCAAAGUUAUUAGCAAACACAAGGUUAGAGGCACUGUGUGAUAGUUGUUUGAGUGACAGCAGCCUAAGAUGUGUUUCUGGGCCCAGUUCAGUUCUACCAGUUCACCUGUGAGAAAUUCAAAGGUUGUUUUUCUCCUAUCUUCAUUCAAGAGCCUGAUGUUUCAGUUUGAAAGCAGGACGUAUUGAUUUCACAUUCAGAAUUUGUUAGACUUUUACUCAAAACCCUAGCGUACCCAUAGCGCUCACGCCGCAUCUGUGCACGUGUGAAACGUUUGCUCUCUGGUGGUAUUUUAGUGCGAGCGUUGGGUUUUUAGUGAAAGCAACUUAAAAUCUGAAAGUAUAAUCAAUGUCCUGUUUUCAAAUUGAAAGAUCACGGUCUUGGAUAAAAACAGGAGAAAAAAGUGUAAAAAAACAGCUCAAGAUUUUCCCUAAUGACAAGAGUGUGCAAACUUUGUGAAGAUAUUGCUUGCUUUGUAUUUAUUUUGAUUCACUCAAAUUCACAGCGUCCAGGUGUUUGUUGUGAGCAAACAGGUGAAUUGUGCCGUGUGUCGUACCUGCUUUCAGAGGAAUUGUGCCGCCGAGCAAACAAGACGUUGUUGUGUCCGCUGCCAGUGAGCGAUCAUCAUCGCCCACUGAGCCUGAGAUUAAUGAACCUGAGUGGGCAAAGACAAAUCUGUCAGCAGGGAUUAGAAUACUGGAUUUAAUUCAGCAGCAUUACAAAAGUAAUCUUAUUAAUUAAUGGCUCCGUAAUUGUAAUCCAUUACAUGUGCUGAUAAAAAUGCUAACAAGGAAUCAGACUACAGAUGCUUUUGUAGAGUCAUGUGCUGACUUUUUAUCUUAUAUUCAGAAAAUGUUAAAACUAUUGACAUGUAAUGUAUUUUAAUCGUAAAUGUGAUGGACAUGAUCAUAGUCGUCAAUCAAGUAUGUUGUCGACUAACUUGCACAGUGUAAAAUCAAGGGUGAGUCGAUCAAGUCAAUGUAAAUGAGAGAUUUACAAGAUGUUCUCUGUAAAUCAAGAAUGAAUAAAACGAAUGUUAUAUAUAAUAUAAUUGGAGGCAAAGUAAUCCUGGACAUUGAAAAUUAAAUAAAUAAAAAGUAUAAAGUAUAAAACCUUCCCAAUAAAUUCUCACAAGUUUCCUGAAAUACAUUAUGGAAUUUGGUGCCACAUUGCCUAUUAAUUACAAUCCUAAUUAACGUUAAAUCUGUGUACAGGAAAGUAUACGGGAGAGGGUUUUUUAGAUAAUAAAUAAAUGAUAAAUACAUUUUUACUUGGGUUUAAAUGAUGGACUUCCUCAAUGGAAAUAAAAAGCAGCUUAAAUGCUCUCACCUCACUAGUUUCCCUGUAAUUCAGACCAUAUUUCACAGAUUUAGACUCAGUGUAUGUUAAAUACAAUCACAAGUGAGUAAUUGGAAAUAUCUGAUGUAAUGUAUUACAUUUUAACCACGUGGAUUUCCUUCUUCAAUCCUCUCUGGACGUCACAUGCUGAGAUGUGUAAGAUUCGCAGGUUAAAAGCUCUGUUGCUGUUUUACCUUUAAAACGUUGACGCCGGUGUAAAUGAGACACACAGAGAUUCUUCAAUACCAAAGCACGAGAACAAAACGACACCACCGACCAUUCUCCUCUUAGUGUGAAUGCUGCACGAAAAAAUAGCAUUUUCAAUACCUCUAAAUUGUCCUCAAGAUAUUUUCUAAUUAUAUAAAUGCACUUUUAAACACACUUGUUUAUCCGCGAGAAGAAUGCAACUAGUUUCUAUUUAGUGCAAUCAAUUUCUUAUUUUAUCACUUUCUCAAAUAAUGUGGAUGGAAUUACACUUUUCACACAUGUUGUUCCGACUCAGAUUCAUCACAACUCUCACGAUUCCCUCCAAACCUCACACACACACACACACACACACACACACACUGGCCACAUUCACCGAUUGACCGGGAUCGCAGGGUCGAACCAGCUCUGUAACGGUUACUCGAACCCCAGAGUAGCCAAGUGAAUUGUAACUGUCUGUACAUGUAUGUGUCCCGCAUGUGCAAAAGUCGUGUAUGUACCGUGUGUUGUUUCAUUCAUGAUAUUCAUGAAGACAGAGAGCAAAGCACUGUGGGUAAGCAGAGGCAGAGGAGAGUGUUUUGGAUUAAAACUUGAUGGGAUGAAGAUUGAGAAGCUGUCACUUUGUACUUGUCUCUACAAUGUCGAGAUGUUGGGGGUUGGGGGAGUAAUGUAAUGAAUAAAGAAUGUGCAUCACCAUUUAAAAAGAAAAAGUCUGUUGAAAGUCACGUCAAUGCAAAUGCAGCCUCGUGGAUAUUGAAUAAAAUGAUGAAUGUGCAGCAGCUCAAAA